AUGUCUUCAAUCAAGCCCAUCACUCUUCACGCUCAUAGCAGCGGGCCAAAUCCCUGGAAAGUGGUUAUCAUCCUCCAAGAGUUAGAGCUACCCUAUACUCUUGUUUAUGAGACACCCGCCACCAUCAAAUCAGCCCCUUACACCGACGUAAACCCAAAUGGCCGUGUGCCUGCAAUUCGAGACCCUAAUACUGGUAUCACAUUGUGGGAAUCGGGUGCCAUCAUCGAAUACCUUAUUGAGAAUUAUGAUACUGAGCAGAAGAUUUCUCAUGGUUCACAAAGUCCGGAAAAGUGGCUCGAGAAGCAGUUCCUAUACUUUCAAGUCUCGGGGCAAGGCCCAUACUUUGGCCAAUAUACUUGGUUUGCAAGGCUUCAUCAUGAGCAACUGCCCUCUGCAAAGGAGCGUUAUUUGAACGAGAUUAAGCGUGUCAUUGGUGUACUGAACACCAUACUGGAAGGUAAAAAUUACUUGGUCGGGGAAAAGGCAACGUAUGCAGACUUGAGUUUUAUCACUUGGUCUUUGAUCGGGCAGAAUGCAGUGGAAUCUGCAGGUGUUGAUCUAGACAAAGAGGCCCCGAACUACGUGGCUUGGAUGAAGCGUCUUUUAGACCGCCCUGCAGUCCAGAAAGCACUUCAAGAGAAGGAAAAGGCCUCUUCUGCAUCUGCUCAAUAA